AUGUCUCUGGCGCCCAAGAUCGACGAAGCUCGUUCUACCAUCUUGGACUACAAACCAAAUUUAGGGUUCAUUACCGAAACGUGGCUGAGGGACACCAUCAGCAGAAACCACCUCCACAUUCCCAGUUACUCGUUUAUUUCUAGAAACCGCACCACCGACAUUCACGGAGGGAUUGGGCUCUCUAUAGUGGACUCGAUCAGGUAUAGAUCUCUUGAUCACUUACAAGACCCUGAGCACGAAGUUCUUUGGGCGUGGUUAAGACCAAAAAGACUCCCGCGUGGGACACCCUGCGUUAUCACGGCCACGAUAUACCAUCCGUUCUUCAACGACAGCGCCAGAGACAUUGCUUUGUUGGACUAUCUAUCAGCAUCCUUGACUACUGUUGAGGGAGAGUUCCCAGGUUGCGGGAUUCUACUCUGCGGCGAUUUCAAUCGGCUCAAGUUGAAUCGUUUAGCUGCACAAUUCGGACUGCGGCAAUUGGUCAGCAAGCCCACUAGGGGUGAUCAGAUCCUGGACUUGGUCUUCACCAACCAACCAGAUUUGUACGAUAUAAAUUCCGUUCAGAUUUUACCGCCGUUUGGUUUAUCGGAUCACAAUGUUGUCUUCGUGCACCCAACAACUUGUGCUCCAAACCUGAAUGAUCCCCCGUGGGUUACUGAGCGGUUCAAGAACCUCAUUAAGUUCCGUCAACACGCCUUCCAUAAUGGAGACAUGGAUCAAUACCGGCGAUAUCGAAAUGACGUCAACCGCACACGUAAGUCACUUCGCAGUAUAUACUAUGCAAGCAAAGUGAAUAAUUUAAAGAACAUCAAGCCCUCGCAGUGGUGGAGCGCAGUUAAACGAAUCGCCGGUAUGAAUCCUGCGUCAUCUUCUGAAAGUCUCCUUUCCAACCCUCAGCUCGGGGACAGUUUCGAUCACCUAAGUGACGUUGAACUAGCUAACGCCAUCAACGCUGUGUUCUUAGAAUCCAUGAAGCAUUACCAACUCCUAUGGUUGGGUUUCAGGUGA